UGCACUCAAAACCUCCUAUUUUCUAUAACUUUAGACUCGCCAAAUGGCACCAUUAGCUGCGAUGUUCAUGCUCUCCCCUCCUCUGAUUCAGCAGUUACCAACAACAACAACAAACAAUAAUCUGCAGCCACAGCCGGAACCUUCUCUGCCGGUGGUUAGAUGUCAUCUUCCGGCAAGAAGCUCAUCAGAAAGUUCUGAAAGUUCUCGUUCCAAGUUUAUGCUUUGGCUGUUUGGUGAUCCUGCUACGUAUGACAAGAGGUUCCAACGAGCCAUUGAACUUAAUUGCUCCUGAUGGAGAGAUUCUUCUUGAGUUCUCCUUCAUCUGUUGUAAAUGAACAUAUGUAAUUUCUUCCACAUAAUCUCACACUGUUCUGUAAUUUACACAAUAAUGAAACCGUUCGAAAAUGUA